AUGGCUGCUGAGGAUUCAUAUUGGACAGUCAAACUGAUUGUCUGUAUUCAUUGCAUUCUAUGCAAUCGUCAACUAUAUCCCGAAUCUCUUUUUAUCAAAUCUAGGAAGUACAAUACUGUUGUUUGGCAAUCGCGUCAUCCAAUUCUGUGCAAUUACAUUCAAGACGCUGUUGAGGCUUGCGCUCACGAGUUACAAGGGGGCACAGUGGAGUGUAUUUACCUCUCAAUUACGUCGAAAGACCAUGUGGAAUUGGAGCGUUACAUAUUUUCAGCAUACUCAAUUCCGCGAAUCCCAGACUUUCUACUGGAGAAACCCAUAUCUCCAAGGGUACCAUAUUCCGAUAGUUUUGUAGAAUCUCUUCGAGCAGCAAUAAUCCGAGUUCAAAAUGCUACGCGCUCCCUAGAACAACUACCGGAAGACUGUUCAUGGUCAAUUCGACUUAGUUUAAAAGAAAACAGCUCUAGACCCAAGGCCUGGGAAACAUGGUAUUUAUCAGAACACACCCCAGAAACCGAUUUAGAACGACGAUAUCAAAACCUUACCAUACCUUUGAGAAAUAUCUCUAUUGGGCCAAUGGACUCUGAAUUAUGGCUUGAAUCACGUCCGGACGCGUACAAAAUGGAAAAUUAA